AUGUGGAGGCCACGCAGGACACCAGAGGGGACCACAAGGCACGCGAGGGUGGUGGAGCUACGCGCAACGGCUGGUCCAGAGCGUCACGGCGAGGGGGGCGAGGGGCCCAGCUGGAAGAGCUGCUGCUGCGACCGGUGCUCGCAGGGCCUCCCGGACCCCACUGCGGCGGGGGACCCCAGUGCUGCUGCGGACCCCACUGCAGCGGGGGCCCCCACUACUAGAACUGCUGCGGUGUCUACUACUGCUGCUGUCCCUCCUGUGGCUGGUGCUGCUGUGGCUGCUGCUGCUGGGGGGCAGCACCCCCACCGGUCGGGCCACCACCUGUGGGUGGACCUGUCUAUCCUGCGCCUCCUCCAAGGCCCCCUCCCCCUGGUGCACCACCGCCGCCGCCGCCGCCUCCACCACCACCGCCGCUCCCACCUCCACCGCCCCCUCCACCGCCACCUCCUCCGCCCCCACCUCCCCCCUUCCCGCCCUUCUUGCCACUCUUGCCCCGUUUCAGCCAGUCUAAGGCAGAAAUGGCAGCGGUGUCCUCAGAGACCGACACAGCAGCAAAAGCGUGGUGGCGGAGGCAACGGUGAGGAGGCUGUUCUCGAUGGUCCCGAGAGCAGUCUGAAGGAGGUCUAUAGUGAGUUCAGUGGGGUGCUUCUGAAGAAGCGCGUCGCGGGUAGUGGCAAGGCGGUCAGGGAGGCGGGUGACUAA